AUGUCCUUGUGCCUGGUGCUGAGGAUCCCGGGCCGGCUGAAUGACCGGAGGACCCCCCUGGGAGAACUGAACUGGAUCUUCACGGCCAUCACGGACACUAUCGCGUGGAACGUCCUCCCUCGGGAUCUCUUCCAGAAGCUCUUCAGACAGGACCUGUUGGUGGCUAGUCUGUUUCGAAAUUUUCUACUGGCAGAAAGGAUCAUGAGGUCCUAUAACUGCACCCCCGUCAGCAGCCCACGCCUGCCCCCCACGUACAUGCACGCGAUGUGGCAAGCCUGGGACCUGGCCGUGGACAUCUGUCUCUCGCAGCUGCCCACCAUCAUCGAGGAAGGCACUGCGUUUCGGCACAGCCCGUUCUUCGCCGAGCAGCUGACCGCCUUCCAGGUGUGGCUCACGAUGGGCGUGGAGAACAGGAACCCGCCGGAGCAGCUUCCCAUCGUCCUGCAGCUGCCCUUCCGGGGAGCCACCGAGCACUGCGGCGGCUGUGCUGUGCAGCCUCAGGUCCUUCUGUUUGGACGGACGUGA